GUACGGUAUCACGUCACCCGGAAGUUGUUCGCCCUAAAAAAAAAAACGGCGAAGCGUCUGUCACAGCAACAAUUAAGCUAUCUAACCUGAAAUUAACAAUGAAAAGCGCCGAAGGGGAACUCCUCGAACAAAUUAAGGGCUGCUUCAUGUACUGAGGAGCGGUGUGCCAUGCAGAGGAGACAUAGCAGCAACACGGAUGGCAUACCCUCAGAAAGGAGCCGUAGCCAAACUCUGGGAUCAGAGAGCAGCCUGGACGAAGGGGGCGUGUUUGACUGCUUGAAGCCUGACUCGCCCACGUCGCCGCAACAAAUCUUUUCCGGCUUGGUGGGUGUCCCCUCCGGGACCGUGUCUUCUGCCCAGUUCCAGGCGGCGAGUUUAGUUCUGGGCUCGCCCCCGGAAGUUUUCAUCCAGAUGACGGCGUCAUCUCGGGAAGAAGGCGCCGCCCGCCGUCCUGAGGUGGCCCCGUUCCUUCCUCGCCCGCCCCAACAUCAUCACCACCAUCACCACCAACACCACCAUUUCCACCACCCGCCCCUGCAGCACAGGACCUCCUCUCUGCUCCAGCAGGCCACGGCGGCAGCCGGCUCGGAGAGGCGCGGCUCCAGGGAGGAGGGCGGCCAGGAGGACCCGUCCACGCCGGCGCCAGCCUUGUCGGAACUCAAAGCGGUGGUCACUUGGCUGCAGAGGGGCUUUCCUUUCAUCCUCAUUCUCCUGGCCAAAGUCUGCUUUCAGCAUAAGCUUGGUAUUGCUGUGUGUGUGGGAAUGGCCAGCACGUUCGCCUACGCCAACUCUAAUUUUAAGCACCAAGUGUCGCUACGGGAGGAGCGUUCAUUAUUGGUCGCCCUGUGGAUCAUGCUGUUCCUCUCUGGUAACGUCGCCUACGUUUACUACGCUUUCAGCCAAGAGGAGCUGUACAACAGCCUCAUGUUUUCAAAGCCUAAACUCAACAGCUUUGACUUCUUUGACCUCAUCUGGGCAGUGGGCAUCACUGACUUUGUCCUCAAGUUCAUCACCAUUGGCCUAAAAUGCAUCGUCCUAUUCCUACCCAAGAUCCUCUUGGCCUUCAAAUCCAGGGGCAAGGUCUACCUACUGAUCGAGCAGCUGAGCCAGCUGUUUCGGGCGCUGGUGCCUAUCCAACUGUGGUACAAGUACAUCAUGGGAGAAGACCCCUCCGGCAGCUACUUCCUGGGAGCGACGCUCAUUAUCAUCUACAGCCUCUGCAAGUCUUUUGACGUCUGCGGCCGAGCGUCCGCCCUCCGCAAGGCUGUGGUGUUGCUCUGUCGCCCUCAGAGUUACGGCGUGCGGGCCGGCAGCCAGCAGUGCAACGAGGCGGGCGACGUCUGCGCCAUUUGCCAGGCCGACUUCCGAGAUCCUGUAGCUCUCCUGUGUCAGCACGUGUUCUGUGAGGAGUGCCUGUCGUCUUGGUUUGACCGGGAGAGAGCGUGCCCGCUGUGUCGCUCCACGGUGGUGGAGACGCUCCGAUGCUGGAAGGACGGCACCACCUCCGCUCACUUCCAGAUCUACUAAGCUCUCACCGUCAUGUCCACGGCACGUCCCAGCUUAAGCCCUAACCUUCGAGCACUUAACGCCGGGACCACUUCACAAACACUGAGCGAAUCUCCAGCGCCUUCAGUUUGAGUGUGUUGAGUGUGUGUACAUGUUUUACUGUGUUUUACUUUGGCUUUUACUGUCAGUGUGAUGAUAACCAUAGAACCAGAAAUGGAACACUCUCUUCGUUGUGUUUAUCUCUUUCUCUUCCGUUAUUUCCUGCUUGGUGCUUUUAUUUUGACAUGUGUUUUCUGUUCCUGUUUUACGCUGCAAUGAGGGAGCUGGGAGGCGCACCGCUCUAUGAUUUGUAAUCAGGGUUCUAUUUAGUUCAGCUUGGCCUUCUGCAAGUGGAUUAUGGUUACCUGUGUUUUAGCUCUUUACCUCUUUGCAGAUAUUAUUCUUCCUUUCUUCCUGGUGAGGUUUAUGUUUGCUUUGUAACGCACCGCCAGGGGAGAGGGUAUCACUCUGCAAGAACACCUUCCUGUGAGUAGUUUUACUUAGUUUUAUACUUCUUGGGUUAACUUCUGGGCUGAUGUGGUAUAGACCGGGGUUCUCAACUCAAAAACGCCAUUAACAUAUGUAAUAUGCAAAUGAUCUAAUUUGGGGGAUUUUUGGAUGAUUUUCAUGUAUUAAUUAUUUGUAUGCAUGCAGAUAUCAUGUAAAAAUGUACUUUGUACAUGUAUUUAUGUGUAUUACUGUUUCAAACAUGACAGGCAUACAUUUGCUUGGUUUGACUUAAAUACAAGUACUAAAUAAAUGAAGGAAUAAAUAUCAAAAUCAGGCUGAAAUAAAAGUGUAAAAAAAUGAUAAAAAUAAAUAAAAAUGACAAAAGUGUAACUAAUCAAAUAAAAAUAAAAUGACUUACAGUGGUGUGAAAAAGCGUUUGCCACCUUCCCGAUUUCUUAUUUCUUUGCAUGUUUGUCACAUUUGAAUGUUUCAGAUCACCAAACAAAGUGAAAUAUUAUACACUAAGUCCCCAACUUAUGAACACAAUUGGUUCCAGACGACCGUUCUUAUGUGGAAUUGUUCUUAAGUAGGGUAAAAGGUAAUAUUACCAAUGAUAUAGGUACUACAUGUACGUGUAUACAUAUACACUAUAUGUGUAUGUAUGUAAAUAUGAGUUUGGAUGCAGUAGUAAUAUUAAACCAGGAUAAUGAAUGAAAAAAACAAUAAUAAAAGUGAUAUAAUAAUACGUAAUGAUAAAUGUUAUUUAUCUUUGAAGAGGAGUGGUCGAGCAUACGUCGUCGUGGAGGAGGAGGAGGAGAUAUUGAAAAAAAGGACAAAUGGUGGUGGUGGUUAGGCUCUUCUAAAAGAGGUAGUGUUCUGUGGGUGGUGUAGAAUUAAGCAGGCCUAUUAUCUCUUCAUAAACUUUAAUCACACGCUCUGUCCAGGUUGUAUCAUACAGCUAACAAUGUAGCUUUCCAUUUAGCUUUCUCUCCCUAUCUGUUGGUCCCAUUAGCAGUGUCACAGUGCCCUCUACUGGUCAAGCAUGUACAGUAUAAAUAUGGAGUUAAUGUACUAAAAGGCAAAAUAGAUGAAAAAAUAGACCAGUCGGCUUGUGUUCAUAUCUCCGAAAGUUCGCAUGUCGGAUGUUCGUAAGUUGGGGACCUAGUGUAUAUGCAGUAUAUAUGAUGUUGUCAGGAUUGUGUGCUGCGGUACUGCCUUCUACUGUUUCUCUGUUGCAGCACACUCCUGAGCACCUUGAUGAGCUGAUCAUCCUCACCUGUGCCUUAUUAAGGAGUGCUAUUUAAGCUGUGUGCAAUGCUAGGUUCAGUGCCAGAUUGUCCCUUUGCUACACCCUGUUCAGCUCCUUCCAGCUUGUUCUUGUGCAUUGUGUUUUGGCUUUCUGACCCACGCUCGGCUCACUUGUAAGUACCUAUCUACCUGCUUGACGUUCUCAGCAGUAGUUGUAUUUUUGGUACUCCUGCUAGUUUUUUGUUAGCAGCUCUUUUAGUUACUUGUCUGUAUUUUUCCCUGCUCAGCUCUCCCUGCUAGCAGUGUUUUUUGUUACUAAUUCCCGCGACUAGGUCCGGAUGUAUUUUUGUUGUACUUUGUUUCUUGUGUUGUUUUUGUACCUUUUUGUUAUCCCUUUUUGUAUUAAAGACCUUUUCUGUUUCACAUAUUCGACUCUGCAUUUUGGAUUCCUGUAUCACGGCCUUGGCCGUUCGUAACAGAACAAUCUGGCCAACUAUGGAAUCCGCAGAGUUCACACAGUUAAAGGCAGCCCUAUCCCAACAAGGUACGCUUGUUGGCAGCCACGAACAA